AUGGCUGCGCUGGAGCCGGCCCAGGUGCCCGAGGCCCUGCAGGAGGUCACCAUCGCCACCAUGGCCGCCAGCGAGCAGGCCUGGCCGCUCGCCGCCCGCCUCCCGGCAGGCUUCCCCGUGUAUAACCCCGACCUGCUCGCUCGGCUGGAGCAAGGGGAGGAGGUUUGGAUCCCCGACAUCCAGAGCUCGGAGGAGGAGGAGGAGGAACAACUGGCGAGACCCCUCUUGAGGUUGUGGACGAGGAAAAGGAAACGGUGGAGAAGCUGCCGAGAUGCCGGGAGCUCCUCUGGCUCCAACUCCUGUUACUCAGACGAUGGGUGGACGAGCGAGACGGAGGAGGACAGUUCCCAGGAGGAAGACGGAGAGCUGCGCAGCGGGUCGGCGAGGAAACCCAAAGGUGGCAUCUCCCUGGGCUACGAGCACCACAAGCACCACUCGGGAAGGAGAUCGGCUUCUUCCAGCCACAACGGGAGAAAACCCAAUAGCAAGAGCCCCUCGAGAAUACGGCUGGAGCAGCACAAACACGCCUGCAGCAAGUGUGGGAAGAGCUUCAGCCGUGGUUCGUCCCUCAGCCGGCAUCAGAGGGUCCAUCUGGGGGAGAAACCCUUCACGUGCUCCGACUGCGGGAAAAACCUCACUUCCAACUCGACCCUCAUCAUCCAUCGGAGGAUACACACCGGGGAGAGACCCUACAAGUGCCCCGACUGCGGGAAGAGCUUCAUGGCCACCAAGUCCCUCAACAAGCAUCGCAAGAGCCACACGGAAGGCGCGUUCUUCGUCUGUCCGGACUGCGGGAAAAAACUCACUUCCAAGUCCACCCUCGUCAUCCACCGUCGAAUACACACGGGGGAGAGACCCUACGAGUGCCCCGACUGCGGGAAAAGCUUCAUGGCCAACAAAUCGCUCAGCAAGCAUCGCAAGACUCACAUGGAGGAGGGGACCUAUAAGUGUCCCGAGUGCGGGGAAACCUUCCCAAAAAACUCAGCCUUCGUAGCCCACCUCAGGACCCACAGGGGCCAGCCCCCGUAUCCGUGCUCCGACUGCGGGGAAGCCUUCUUUGAAAGCUCGUCUUUUAAGCAACACCGGAAAAAGCACUUGGCAGAGAAACCCUAUCAGUGCUCCGACUGUGGGAUCGGCUUCACUGUCCCCUCAGCCCUCCUCCUCCAUCAGAAGAGCCACGUGGGACCCAGGCCCUACGUCUGCUCCGACUGCGGGAAAGCUUUUCGGGAGAGCACCACCCUCCGUAGGCACCAGCGUAUCCAUACGGGUGAGAAACCCUACCGGUGCUCUUACUGCGAGAAGAGCUUUCGGGCCAGCUCCACCCUCAUCAUCCACCGAAGGAUCCACACCGGGGAGAAACCUUAUAAAUGCACCAAAUGCACCAAGUGCUUCAUGUGGAGGUCAGAGCUCAUUUGUCAUCAGAGGUUGCACAGAGGAGGAAAGAUGUUUAAAUGCCAAGAGUGCGGAAAGGAGUUUGGGAAGAGCUCGGACCUUAGUUCCCAUCAGAAAAGCCACAUGGUGGAAAAGCCCUACCAGUGCUCCACGUGCGAGAAGUUCUUCAAGGACAGGUCCACCCUCAUCAGGCAUGAGAGAGUGCACACGGGAGAGAAACCCUACAAGUGUCUGGAAUGCGGGAAGAGGUUCACCCGCAGCUCGGACAUCAUCGUCCAUCAGCGCAUUCACACGGGGGAGAAACCCUUCGAGUGCUCUGAGUGUGGGAAGAGGUUCAGCCAACGGUCCAACCUCUUCACCCAUCAGAUCGUACACACGGGGGAGAAACCCUUCACCUGCCACGAGUGCGGGAAAACCUUCGCCCGGAGAUCGGAGCUCACAAUCCAUCAGCGAACACACACCGAGGAGAAGCCCUACCAGUGCUCCCAGUGUGAAAAAUCCUUCCGGGGGAGGUACGGACUCUUCAGGCAUGAGCGGUUGCACACGGGGGAGAAACCCUAUGAGUGCUCUGAGUGCGGGAAGAGCUUUGGCCAGAGCGGGGACCUUAUCACCCACCAACGCUUCCACACGGGGGAGAAGCCCUACCACUGCUCUGAGUGCGGGAAGUUCUUCUGCAAUAAAUCCAGCCUCGUUAAACACCAGAAAUGGCAUUUGGGGGAGAAGCCCUACAAGUGCCACGAGUGUGGGAAGAGCUUUGGGCAGAGCUCAGACCUCAUCGCCCAUCAGCGAACCCACACGGGCGAGAAGCCCUACCCCUGCGCCGAGUGUGGGAAGAGGUUCACCAGGAAAUCCAGCCUCAUCGUCCAUCAGCGGGGACACAGAGGAGAAAAGAAAUAUAUAUGCACCGCGUGCGGGAAGAGCUUCAGGCAGAGCUCAAACCUUACUGUGCACCGCAGGACACACACCGGGGAAAAGCCUUACAAAUGCUGCGGGUGCGAGAAGUUCUUCAGCGACAGAUCUAACCUCGCGAAGCAUCAGCGGCUGCACACCGAGAAAAAGCCCUUGAGGUGCCGCGAGUGCAAGAAAAGCUUUGGGAACGACCUGGAUUUCCUUGAGCAUCAGCAAACGCACGCAGGGGACAGAGCGUUCAGAUGCUGCCAGUGUGGGAAAAGGUUCGGGCAGAGCGGGAAGCUCGCUCUGCACCAGGAAUUGCACGCGAGGGAAAAAGUCUACAAGUGCCCCAGGUGCGAGAAAUGGUUCAAAGACCGGUCGACCCUCAUCAGGCACGAGACGCUGCACACGGGGGAGAAGCCCUACAAGUGUCACGAGUGCGAGAAGAGAUUCACCCGCAAAUCGGACCUUACGGUCCAUCAGAGAAUCCACACCGGGGAGAAACCCUUCGCUUGCUCCGAGUGUGGGAAAAGCUUCAACCAUCGGUCGAACCUUUUUACCCAUCAGAGGAGGCACACGGGCGAGAAGCCUUUCCCGUGCCAAGAGUGCGGGAAAAGCUUUGGCCACAGGGCAGAUCUGGUUGUCCACCAAAGGACCCACACCGGCGAAAAGCCCUACCGCUGCUCCGAGUGUGGGAAAUGCUUCAAGGGUCGCUCCACGCUCAUGAGACAUGAGAGGUUGCACACGGGGGAGAGACCGUAUCAGUGUCCCGAGUGCGGGAAGAGCUUCGGGCUGAGCGGGGACCUCGUUGCCCACCAGCGUUUCCAUACGGGGGAAAAACCCUACAAGUGCCCCGAGUGCGGGAAGGUCUUCAGCAACAGCUCCAGCCUCGUGCGGCAUCGACGACAGCACGCGGGCGAGAAGCCCUACAAGUGCCACGAGUGCGGGAAGAGCUUCGGGCAGAGCACGGACCUCAUCGCGCAUCGGCGAACCCACACCGGGGAGAAGCCCUACCUGUGCCCGGCGUGCGGGAAGCGGUUCGGUAGGAAAUCCAACCUCGUGGUGCACCAGCGAGCGCACGGAGUGGACAGACUCUGCAAAGGCCGGCAGCGUGGGAAAAGCUUCCUGGAGAACUCGGCUCUUUCAAGCCAUCACGUCUUGGUCGAGGACAACGUUGCCCCGUGCUCAGCCCCGCUGAGCGUCAGCAGUGAUGCAGAAGAGAAAAAUCAUUAA